AUGGGUAAAAAGAUUCAAAAAAAGAAACCAUCAACUGCAUUUAAAUUAAUUGAUAAAGAUGAAGAUUUUUUUAGCGAAAAAGCAGAACUUGCAUUAAGAGAAAUUUUUUCAAGAUACGAUUUGGAUAAAGACCAAUGUUUAAGUGAAAAAGAAUUAGAUAACUUUGCAAUUGGUUGUAAUGGUAAACCAUUUGAUAAGGUUUCAAUUGAAGAGAUUAAGGAAAAUUUUGAUGUAAAUGAUAAAGGUUGGUUAUCAAUUAGAGGUUUCCUUGAAAUGUAUUAUAUGCAAACUUUAUCAGAACCAACCGAAACCUGGAAAGAUAUCAAUAAACAUGGUUAUGAUAUGAAAUGUAAUUUAAUUAAAAAAGAUGAAGAACAACAAAAUAAAGAG